AUUUUUUAUUUUGGAUAGUCGGAAAUGUCAGUUACCUACUUUAAUACAGGGAGUCAAAUUUGCUCAUUCUACAAGUAAUUGUUCAAAAUUAAACCCUCUCUCUCGAAUUCCCACUUAAUCAAUUGACUAACGAGCCCGUAAAUUUCAGCACUAACUAUGCGUUAAUUUGAUUCUUUGCUUCAUUCAUUUUUAUGCAAAAGUUGGAAAAAUCCUUAAAUGUACUGCGUUGUUGUUGUAUGAUUGAUAGAUAGAUUUGCAUAUGAUAAUCGUAAUAGGAAAUUGACAGUAGUAAUUGAAAUUGAAAUUGAAAAGAAGGGGGUGGGGGUGGGGGGUUAACAAUGGUGGUGCUUUUGUUGUCAGCAUUUCUUCUUGGGGCUCUCACUGUUAUUGUAAUGGAAGCAGUAGGACUGUGGAUUUUGAUUCGCUUAAUAAAUCAGAGAGUUGCGAAAGAACAAGGGAAAGAGAAAGAUUCAGCUUCGGCAGGCGACCUCAAUCCGACUUUAUACAACAUUCAGGGGGCUAUAUGGGUUCUAGAACUGGAAAAGGUUCCAAAACCCGGGCUUUUGGACAAGGAGCAAAAGCGGAAAAAGGACUUUUUGGAGGUCAUUCCUGUCCAGAAAUAUGCAAAAAUUAAGGAUCACUGUCUUAUCCUAACUGAGACGGAUGGUUCCCGAGUAGAUAUUUCACUCGAGGGAUGCACAAUAGCAGCUGUAUCAGCAACAAGCUCAUCCUCAAGAAAAUGGGCAAAAAGAUAUCCCAUUAAAGUGGAAAGCAAAGAUUCAGUAAUAUAUAGGGGAAGUAAAAUAAUUUACAUUUAUCUUGAGACGUCUUGGGAGAAGGAGUCCUGGUGUAAAGCUCUCCGCCUUGCUUCCUGCGAUGAAGAAAAGCUUAAGUGGUUCACCAAGUUGAAAAUAGAGUUUCACAAUUACCUGACAUCAUUGAAUACCAGAUAUCCUUCUUUUAUGAAACCCGCUGGGGUUUUCAGCGCUGAACCACUUGAUAAGCCUAUUAAGUUUGAUGGUUCAUCGAAGGUUCGUCAGUUCCUCAAGAAAAUUGCAAAGAAGGCUUCUAAAAGUGGAGUAGAAUAUAUAGCGAGUGGAACUUCAACUUCAGGCCGUGAUGAAAGAAAGUUGAGUGAGAAGUCUUGUUCAUUCCAAGACUCAGUUCUGGCUCCUGGCCUAGUGAAAUUGGUCCCAACAGGAAAGCCUUCUAGUGUUUCUUCUGAUGAUACACUAUCAACAUCUAAUACUACUGAGCCAGGAAGCAGAGUUCAUAUUUCUGGAAUAAAUGAUGUGGAAUCUGAUCACAGGAAUUCUAGCGACGAAGGAACACUUUGUUUGAAUUUGUUAAUAUCACGAUUGUUCUUUGAUGUCAAAAGAAAUUUGCAGAUUAGGAACUCCAUCCAAAACCGGAUUCAGAGAGCACUAUCCAACAUGCGAUGUCCCAAUUACCUCGGUGAAGUCACAUGUACUUCUGUAGAUCCUGGUACUCUGCCUCCGCAUAUUCUUGCAAUGAGGGUCCUUCCCUCAGAUACGAAUGAGCUUUGGACCUUGGAAGUUGAUAUAGAGUAUUCUGGUGGCAUGGUUUUUGAAAUUGAAACAAGGCUUGAAAUUCGAGAGCUUGAACUUGAAGGAGAGCAAACUAGUUCGAAUUUAAGCGAUGUUGGUGAGGUCACCUCUGAUCUACUGGAAGGUAUUGAAUAUUAUGGGAAACAAUUGAAGCUUUCUGAAGAGACAAAUGAUGAAGUAGAGGAAAAAGAUGAAGGAGAUCCCAUCCUAGAUGAGAUUAGAAACUCCAAAAGCACUACACAUGCAUCAUCUCAAGUGUCUAGAUGGAAGUCUAUAGUACGUUCUAUAACCAACCAGGUUCAACAGGUUCCUAUCUCAUUAGGGGUGAGGGUUUCUUCUCUUCGUGGGACAAUGCGGAUCUACGUGAAGGCUCCACCUUCUGAUCGGAUAUGGUUUGGGUUCACAUCCAUGCCCAAUAUUGAAUUUAACUUGGAGUCUUUUGUUGGGGACCACAAAAUUACAAGUGGACGUGUUGCUUUGUUCUUGAUCAGUAGAUUCAAGGCAGCAAUUCGUGAAACUUUGGUACUUCCAAAUUGUGAAAGUGCUUGCAUUCCUUGGAUGUUAGCAGAGAAGGAUGACUGGGUCCCAAGGAAACUCGCUCCAUUUAUGUGGUAUAAUCAAGAUAAUGCUGGUGGCUCGACCACAAAACAAGAAGCACCCAGUUUCAAACCUGGGGAUGAGAAAUCAGUGAGUGUUGACCGUGCUACAGAAUUAACAAGUCAAUCAUUGGACCCAAGACACAUAGAUUCAUCAACUUUGAAUAACCACUCUUCCCAAGAACAACUCAGAGCCCCUUUGUUAGACAAGGACACUCCACAAGACAUUGUGCCGAUAAGUACAGAGGGCAAAAAAGAUAUUCACCCGCUGCCAUCUCAAUCGCUUAUCUUGGUAGAGGGACAGAAUGAUACUUCAGAUGAAGAUGAUUCUAGUAAACCUAGAAGAAUUGGGACCAGAGAACGAAUGCUUGGGUUGGGGAAGAAGAUGGGAGAAAAGCUUGAAGUCAAGAGGCGUCACAUUGAAGAGAAAGGAAGAAGUUUUGUUGACAAGAUGAGGGGAACGUAGAAAAUGAAUGGUUUCACCGGGUUUCAAUUUUUAUUUUUUUUUGGGUGACAAGGUUUUAUAAUCUCUAGAGUUUAUACUUUGACACUUUCGUAAAUUGUGUAAUAACAGGAAAGAAGUGAUGAAUCUUCAAAUUACCUUACAUAUUAGACAUUAUCAAGUUGAAUAUUCGGUCA